GCUGCGGGUCAAACUCUUUUCUUCGCUCGUUAUCUGCGAACAAGAGGAAGUGAACAGGAACAAUAACAGCCGACACACCGGAGACCACAAAGAGGGUGGACAGCAGUGUUACCUGUGACGGCAGCGAUGGAGGAGUUUAACUCUGGAGAAGAGGUCGUCUUUAAUCCCGAUGAGAUUAGUGUCUCGGUAAAAGAGUGCGUUGAAGGCGUCAUCGGUGGAACAGAUUAUAACCAGAGUAAAGUCAACCAGUGGACGGCCAGUAUAGUGGAGCAUUCACUCACUCACCUGGUGAAACAAGGGCGGCCGUUCAAAUACAUAGUGAACUGUACCAUCAUGCAGAAGAGCGGCGCUGGGCUCCACACAGCCAACUCCUGCUACUGGGACACGGCCACUGACGGGAGCUGUACUGUCAGGUGGGAGAACCGCACCAUGUACUGUGUGGUCAGUGUGUUUGCUGUAGCUGUGGCGCUGUGACAGCCUGGCAACCCUGCGCCCACCUCUCCAUCUUCGAACACUGUCAUGUCUCAAACUUUGCUUGAAUGACACUGAAUAUCCUCUGAUUAUACCCUCUGGUAGACGCUGACCUACAAGUAUCUAUUUCUCCCCGCAGGCAGGAACAACAGUUUUGGUUUGUGAGUUGGCAGCCUGUGAAUAUGUGCAGGUCUGACGGUGACAAAAUGUUGUUUGGUCUGGACUGGAGUCAUGAUCUGCAAACAGACCUGUUUGAAAAGUAUUUUCAAACAUGCUCAGGUGUUUUCUUUGACCCAGAAGUACCACACGUUGACUGUAUUUUUUUUUUUUUUCUAAUGUGUAAAAUCGGAUGUCUGCUGUUUGUGUGCAGCAGGAAGUUUACAUUCGUGUUUUCGACUGAAAUAUCUGAACAUUCAUUGGAUGGUUUGUUAUUAAAUUUAGCACUGAUAUUCAUCCAUCCCUCAGGAAAAACUAUUUUAAUUUUUAAUAUUAAUUGAUGACAUUCCUUCAGUCUCAACUGUGCUUUGUGCUGCUAAUUAGAAAAUGUUAGCAUGUUUGCAACUUUGUCUCCUUCACUAUCUUCCCUUAAUAAAACUGAACUACGACUACAAGAAGUUUUUGUAUGUUAGAGAAGCUCUAAGUAAGUAAUCACUACAGUAUACUGUAUUUCUACUAGUCUACAUUGAUAUUUUAAUAAGUUAUUGAAAUGUUUAGACAGGACAGUGUGUUUUCCUGUGAUGCAUUUAAUGGUCAGUCACUGUAACCAGGAUUUUCUUUCUUUUUUAAUCUGUAGAAAACCUUUAGAUCUUCUGUAUUACUGUUGAGUUCAAGAUUGUUUUUGUUGAAUUUUGUCCAAUAAAGUCUUUAAAGGUG